AUGACAGAAAGGAUUGGUGGGGGAAAUUACACGACAGCGUGUACACCGGAUGUGUAUACAUACCCGUACGACACCCAGACUUGUGUUGUAACCUAUGUUAUAUGGGCCUAUGCUGUUCAUGAAGUUACUGUAAAGGUUUUAUCUGAUACAGUCAGUUUGCACGUUUACACCCCUCAUGGUAUGUGGGAUCUGAUUGAUACCUCAGUAACAUCAAAUGUGGACGUAGGACGAGGACUGACGUCAAUUGACAUCACAUUAGUGAUGAAAAGAAUCUCCACAUUCCACCUCAUCAACAUGAUUUUUCCCAUCGUUUUUGUCGGGUUACUUAAUAUCCUCUUGUUUCUUCUACCUGCUCAGUCCGGUGAAAGACUCGGUUAUUCCAUCACGGUUUUACUCUCCAUUACUGUGUUUCAAACAAUCACCUCCGACAAUCUUCCAAGCACUUCUAAGCCCCAGCUUUCGUUGCUUUGCAUCAAACUUUUAGUAGAUCUAAUUUUAAGUGCUCUAGUGACGAUGUUAACGAUUGUGACGUUGCAUUUUUAUCACAUGCCGGAAACUCGGAGAGUACCUGUGUGUGUUUCAGCUGUAACGAGGUUUUUACUAUGCAAGAAGAAUGAUGGGAAUCAGUUAUAUAUUAUCCAACAUGGAAUCGGUAUGACAGAAUCCAUGUCAGCAAAUAAAUGUUCCAGCUUUCAAACGGAGAUAACGUGGACAGAUGUUGGUAAAAGUAGUGACAUCGUGUUUGCUACGAUUUGCCUGUUGGCAUUUUUAGCUUCAAAUGUUGUAUUUAUGGUGUUUGUUGUUUUGGGAUCACCUUAAAAACUUUUUAUAAUUAUGUCUAGGGGUCCGUGUUUGCCCAACUAUCUAUUUUGUAUUGCUUAUAGGAGUUAUGAGAUUGAUCACUGUUCGUUAUCUUCAUCUUUCAUCUAUCAAUU